GGAUCAGUUCUGCAUCGCGACGUUUUGAACACGCAGUGCGCGAGAUCAGUCGUUCUGAUCGUACCCAUUGCAUGCCGGGAACGGAGUUCUCGUGACCCGGAUAUUCGACCCAAGGCGAUGGGACACACGUUGUACGUUCAGAUCGGAUCUGGACUUGGCGUUCCAGGAUGUCAAGUUUGUUCCGCGGCAAUACCGCUUAGGCAUGCGUGACAGACAUUCAGUUCAACUACGAAAACAAACUAAAGUCCUACUAUUUUUCACCAGUUUACAGUCUUUCUGUGGCUCUGACUGCUGGCGCACCACCCUCUAUCCUCCUGUUCCUCCCGGCACAGAGAGCUAAGGUAGGUGGUGGCCCACUCACUUGGUUACAAAUACUCCGUGGCAUCAGCUGACUGCUGACAGGUCCUUGGGCAGUGUGAAAUGGGACGGACUUCAAAGGACAAGCGGGAUGUCUACUACCGUCUGGCCAAGGAGAAUGGCUGGCGGGCCCGCAGUGCCUUCAAGCUGCUACAACUCGAUGAAGAAUUUCAGCUCUUCCAAGGCGUGACACGGGCAGUUGAUCUAUGUGCAGCCCCGGGCAGCUGGAGCCAGGUGCUGAGCCAGAAGAUUGGGAGUCAAAAGUCUGGCCAAGUUGUGGCUGUGGACUUGCAGGCUAUGGCUCCACUGCCAGGUGUGAUACAGAUCCAGGGAGACAUCACCCAGCUUUCCACUGCCAAGGAGAUCAUCCAGCACUUUGAGGGCUGCCCUGCGGACCUAGUGGUGUGCGAUGGGGCUCCUGACGUUACUGGCCUUCAUGAUGUGGAUGAGUACAUGCAGGCCCAGCUCCUCCUAGCCGCUCUGAACAUUGCCACACAUGUCUUGAAGCCAGGGGGCUGCUUUGUGGCCAAGAUAUUCCGAGGUCGGGAUGUGACGCUGCUUUAUAGCCAGCUGCGGGUCUUCUUCUCCAGCGUGCUCUGCGCCAAGCCCAGGAGCAGCCGCAACUCCAGCAUUGAGGCCUUUGCUGUCUGUCAGGGUUAUGACCCUCCUGAGGGCUUUGUGCCAGACCUGACCAAACCCCUGCUGGACCAUUCGUACGACUCAGAUUUCAACCAAUUGGAUGGUCCCACCCGCAUCAUUGUGCCUUUCGUGACCUGUGGGGACCUGAGUGCCUAUGAUUCGGAUCGCAGUUACCCAUUGGAUCUGGAAGAUGGCUCCGAGUACAAGUACACUCCCCCCACACAGCCUCCCAUUUCACCCCCAUACCAGGAGGCCUGCACAUUGAAGAAGAAGGGGCGGCUGGCCAAGGAGACGCGUCCCCAGGACCACCCCAUCAGCAGAGUAGACACAUUACCCCAGCCCCUGGCCACACCUCAGUGCCACACCAUGCUGGGCCCUGAGGUCUGGAAACAUGGCUCUGAGCCCCCAUAGACCCCUUCCCAAUGUACCUCUUUCUGCCCUGAGUCACAUGCUUCUACUUUCUUGCCUUCCAAUAGCUGUAAAAAUAAUGGGUUGAUCCAGGCAUGGUGGUGCAACCUGUAGUCCCAGCUACUUGAAAGGCCAAGGCAGAAGGAUCAUAAGUUUCAAGGCCAGUCUCAGCAACUUAGUGAGACUCUGUCUCAAAAAAAAAAAAAAAGAC